AUGGAUCCGCAAAAUAUAGUAGCACAACUUCAUAUCGCUGCGCAAUUGGAAAACGCUUAUGAUUUCGCUUUGGACGCAACUGUACAAGUUUUAACUGCAUUACGGUUUUUUGCAUCCGGAAGUUAUCAAAAUUGCAUUGGAAGCAAUGUUAAUAUGGCAAUAAAUCAACCCUCCGUCAGUAGAUGCAUUCACAAUGUAACAAAUAUUUUGAAUUUGCUACAAAUUUUCGACAUUUGGGUACAUUUCCCAAGGAACAUAGGGGAGGCAGAACAGUUGCGUAACAGAUUUUGGGUGGAACACCGCUUUCCUGGUGUAAUUAGUUGCAUAGAUUGUACACAUGUAGCGAUUUUCCCACCUUCAAAAGAUGACCAACAAUUUCCGGAACAUAUUUACGUUAAUAGAAAAGGAUGUCAUUCGAUUAACGUCCAGUUGAUAUGUGAUCCAGAUCUGAAAAUAAUAAAUGUAAAUGCUCGAUAUUCUGGAAGCACUCAUGAUUCUUAUAUUUGGAACAACAGUAAUGUUGUCCCUGUAAUCAAGAAAUUUCAAGCUGUAGUUAAAGCAUCGCAUUGCGAUAAAGCGAUCAUUGCUGUUAAAAUACUCAAUACUCAAUAG